GUCAACGCCAGUCGCACUACGGGACACAGAGUCAACAUCUUUACUUUGGAAACCAGGAUCAACGGAAGAAGCAACGACAUGGAAAACUGAGGCGAAAGUCCUGGGAAGAUACUCUAUCUCGCUCAUCGUAGCCAACCUGCUGCAAUUUUCCCUCAACAUGUCGAGUAUGCUCAUCAUCAGUCCACGUGGAAAGGUUGAAUUUGGGGCGGUCAGCGUUGCCACCACGACCGCGAAUAUUACAGGCUUCAUGAUCUUCCAAGGUCUCUGUACAAGUCUGGACACUCUUUGCGCUCAAGCCUGGGGAUCUGGCAAUCCCGAGCUGAAGCAGCUGCACGUUCAGAGAAUGAUCGUGGUCCUGGGUGCUGUUGGUUCGCUGGUAGCCAUACUCUGGUUCUAUGCCAAUUACCUGUUCUCUCUUAUCCUUCCGGAUCCGACGACAUAUAUGCUUGCUGGAUUAUAUCUAAAAAUUCUCAUCUGUGCGAUUCCUGGGUAUGUGGUAUUCGAAGCUGGAAAGAGAGUCUUGACGGCGGAAGGUAUUUUCUUCCCGGUAACGGUUAUUCUUUGCGCGGGUGCUUGUACAAAUGCAUUCCUGGGCUGGUUACUCGUUUGGCGUUGCGACUUCGGGUUCAUCGGCGGCCCCAUAGCUGUCGCAACAACAUGGACUAUAAUGCCAGUGUAUCUCUGGGCGUACCUGAGACUGGCUGGAAGAGGAGGACUGUGGCCCUGCGUGACUUCUAGAGGUCUGAGAGGCUGGAGUCCCAUGUUAAAAUUGGCUCUACCAGGACUCGUCAUGGUGGAAGCCGAAUACCUCGCCUUCGAGAUUCUUGUGAUUGCAUCCGCUCAAUUGUCAACAGAAGAUCUCGCAGCACAAACAAUUCUGGCUGCCCUGAACUCGGCAUUCUGGCAAAUCCCCUUUUCCAUCAGUAUUGCGGGAACGACCAUGAUCGCCCAACACAUCGGCGCCGGAUCAGCCCGAUUGGCAAAGAUCAGUGCGCUUGUCGUCUUUGUCUCGGCUUUGCUCUGUUCUGCCACCAACAGCAUACUAUUCUUCUCCUUCCGUGCCUUUUGGCCCAGGAUCUUCACCAAUGAUCCGGAUGUUGUUGUACUCGUCGUGAAUACGCUCCCUCUUGUUGCUGCUAUGCAACUAGUUGAUGGACUUGUGGCGUGCUGUAAUGGCAUCUUGCGAGGAUGCGGUAGGCAAUCAGUCGGUGGCUGGGUGAACCUGUCGUGCUACUACGUUGUAGCACUGCCACUAUCUUUUUGGACGACAUUUGGUCUACACUGGGGCUUGAAGGGGCUAUGGGCUGGUGUGACUUUCGCUUUGGUGCUUGUCACCUUCGCCGAGCUCAUGUUUCUUUCCAGGGCGGAUUGGCAAAAGAGUGUUGAAGACGCAGAGUGGAGGAACUCCCGUCCGCUAAAUCAAGAGCCAUGAGAAGAUAGUGUAUGGAACUCAUUUUCUUUCCUUGCACGAUGACGAGUAUGGCCUGGAGAUGAAAGUCGAAGUGAAGUCACUGGAGAAACAUUUGCACAAACUUGACACAAAG